UCCUCACGUCAGCAAUCGUGUUAGACACCACCGUCGUCGUGGAGCAGGGAUGGCAUCUGCUGCUGCAUCCUAUCCGUCGUCCACGGGCAAUGCUGCUUACAGCAAUCGAACUUCCCAGAACGGUCCUACGUCAAACUCUACCUCAUCCCCAACGUCUACGUCUUCUCAACACGCCCCUACUGGAUCAGCUGCCGCAAAGCCCUACUCUUCCUACGUGUAUGCGAAUCGGUCAGCCCCACCGCCCUCCACCUUUUCUCCUUACGUACCUAUCUAUUCGCCUACUUCCCUUGCGUUCUCACCUGGAGUCGGUCCUACUUCCAGUGUCCAGCAGGGAACCAAUGGGCUGCCGCCGCCUGCCACUGGCAAUGCCGACGACGAAGAAAGACAUCGGGAUGUUAGCCAAAGCCCGUUUCCGGAUUCGGCCUCUAAUGAAGUAGAUUCUCCGAUCCUCCGUCGGCAACGCUGGAUGGAUUCUGCCCCUUCUUGGCGGCCAACCACGCAAUCUUGCGCAGUCCUUAGUAUGGAUAGAAAUAAAUCGUACUCCAUUCGACUCAACCCGCGCAUAGAAAGAGGCUUCUUCUUGGCGGAUAAUGACUGGACCUGUUACCGUCGGAAUUACUUUCAGGUCAGCAUCAGCUUCUCGGCAAUGGAUACAGUGGGACAUCGCGUGGAAAUGCCCUGCUUGGUAGCGCUAGACGGUCAGCUGCAUACCGUCACCGCGUUCCAUGUUGGCAUUGGUGCCCGUACCUCAAAUGGUCAGCGGGAAGUCGAACUUGUCCAGCACACGGCAAAACGGGAUAAAGGUCCGCAGAUGCUACCCGAGCCGAAGCUCUGUCAACCUCAAGAUCCUAUGACCACAGCUACGCGAGGAGUGGACUCGUUCCAUAGCGUGACCUACGAGCGACUUCAGUUCAAGGCUGCUACAGCUAACAAUGGCAAGCGACGUGCCGCACAACAGUAUCAUGUCCUUGUGGCAGAGUUGUAUGCUGAGCUUUCAGAUAAGUCCCGCAUCAAAAUAGCAAUCACCGAAUCCGCUCCCUUGGUCGUCCGGGGCCGGGCACCUGGACACUAUGCCGCGAUGCACAAUAAAACUGGCGCAGGUGGGCAUGCUGGGAGAAUGCCAUCACCGACAGUAGAUGGAUAUCCUACGGACCAGAAGGAUCAUGGUGCCCCUAACGUGCGGCCGCCGGGAUUCCUUUCGACAGGAGGUAGCCCUUCGGAGACAGUUGCCAUCCGCCCGAGUGCUGUUCUUCCACCUCCAUCGGUUCUUGCAGGUUUCUCUCAACAACAGCAAAUGUAUGCGCAUGCAUACCCGAGCGCCCAGGAGAUCAACUACUACCAGCAGUACCAGCAAUAUCAUCAAGCUCAACGACAGAAUCAGCAGCAACCGGAGCAUCAGCAUCAACAGCGAGCGCAAGAUGCGAACAAAACCCAUCCACACAAUCCUCCGAUACAUCUUUCCCCGUCAACAACAUCACCGGCGCAACCUCAGAUUUCAGCAAACAACUACGUUCCACAACAUCACCAAUCGAAUGGAAGUUAUUCACAUGUGACCAUGCCAACAUCGUACCCCUCUACGUAUUUCCCAGCGACAACUUCCCCGAACACGUACCACCAGCAUUCGACUUCCCACCCUCUACAGUCAGCGCCACGUCCGCCCAUAUUAGGAUCCACAUCGAGCACAGGUGGCGUAUCGCUGGGGACAAUGGCUGCAUCCCAUCAAGCAGUCUCUUCAGGCAGUGUUCAACCGAUUCCAGUUUCACCGCCUGUAUCUCCACCCAAAAAUGCGCCCAUCGCGUCAAGUACGUUAAAGAAUGGUACUGGCCUGCACGAAGUAGAUCGCGACAGGCAGGAUGGGGCGAGACAGCAUGAGGGUCGAUGAGAAGCAUGUCGCAGAGCUGGCAUUUCAAACAAUAUCUGUAUGUAUGAUCUUUUACCUCUGGAGAAUCUUUAUGAGAAUGUAAAUGUUUUUGUGACUAUUUGGUUAACCGCUGGGAUCCGGACUGUAUUCUAAAGUUCCUGCGCCGGCGUUUCAGAAUAUAAUAUUACGUCCUCUGAGGGGAUGGUCAGGUCUGUUAUGUAUCGCUCAGGGAUAAACGCAGGCUACUCAAGUAUAGUCAAUGUGC